AUGUCGAGACCCUUAUUUCUGGCUCGAAAUCGCCACGUCCAUUCCAUCAUCGCUGCCAUGGCCCCCAAACAACCACCCAGGAUGACCGUCUUCCGCCUUCCGCGAGGGGGAGUCCGGCACUUCUCGGUCUCUGCCGCCCGCAGACAGAUCCUCGACAUCGCCGCCCUGCCCGAUCGCAUAGUUCCGCAUUACCAACAGACAAAGGCUUCUUCCUUGCUGUCUCUCAUCUGGCCCCAGCCGCCGCGCAACGUCCUGCUCAUGCCCAAGCUGCAUGCGCCACAUGUCCUCGUUUCCGCCGCCGAGUUCGCCAAACACAUCUACACCAACUACCCCGGCCUCAACCUCGUAUUCGAAAGCCAUGUCGCAAAGUCCAUCCACGACCAGCUGCCCUUCCCCAUCUACACGGCCGCCCCAGCCGAGGCCACCACCCUCUUCGCCAACAAGAUCGACCUCGUCACCACCAUGGGCGGCGACGGCACCAUCUUGCGCGCUGCCAGCCUCUUCUCCAUGCACCACCAGGUCCCGCCCAUUCUUGGGUUCAGCAUGGGCACCCUCGGCUUUCUCGGCGAGUGGAAGUUCCAGGAAUACAAGCGCGCCUGGCGCGAGUGCUACAUGAGCGGCUGCUCUGUCUCGGUCGAGGACCUGGUGGAACCACACACUCAAGUCGCCGCCCGCCAGGCCGCCAACGCCCACCUGACCGAUCCCCACAAGGACGACAACACCUUGCAAUCUCCCGCCUGGGACACCGUUCGUGGCAACGGCCAAUGUAUGGGCCUGAAUCGCGCCUCCAAGAUCCUCCUGCGCCACCGCUUGCGCGUAGGCAUAUACGACGCCCAAGGCCGGAAUAUCAAUGAACAGCUCCUCCCGACAUCCACAGCCGAUCCGGGGGACGACAUCAUCUAUCCUAGCCCUGUAUCUGCCCCAGGCACUGGCGAAAUCACCAAAAAGGCCCCGAUCCCCUACCUCCACGCCAUCAACGAAGUGUCUAUCGACCGUGGCGCCCAUCCUCACCUUGCUAUAAUCGACAUCUACGUCAACAAUCACUUCCUGACCGAAGCCGUAGCCGACGGUAUCCUCAUCUCGACGCCCACAGGAUCCACUGCCUACUCGUUGUCAGCAGGCGGAAGCAUAGUCCACCCAUUAGUAAAAUCCCUGCUUAUCACGCCCAUCAGCCCCCGCUCGCUCUCCUUCCGGCCUUUGGUUUUACCAUUAAACACCAAGGUCGUUCUGAAACUCAGCAAGAGAAACAGAGGGCGGGAAUUGCCCGUAAGCAUAGACGGCAAGCGCCGGGUGGCAGUCAGUCACGGAAUGGAAGUCCGUGUGGAAGGAGAACGGCUUGAAAAGACGGUCGAGCACGGCUGGCGGGGUGGCGUACCGUGCGUGAUACGGUCUAGUUCCAAGGGCGAUACAGAUGGGAUUGCGCAGGAUGAUGAUUCCUGGGUGGGCGGGUUGAAUGGGUUGUUGAAGUUUAAUUAUCCUUUUGGCGGUGGUGAACCGGAGGGGGGGCACUGA